AGAUGGAGACGCAGAGAGAGAAAGACGCUGCUGAUUACCUCAGAAAACACCAGAUCCUGGAGCUGAUGGACAACCUGACCAGCAUGCUCUUCUUCCACAGACCCGAGAAUCCCAGAGAGUUUCUGGUGGAGCAGCUGGAGCAGCUGAAGCUUUCUCAGCAGAGCGGAGUGAGAGGACCCAACCUGUUCAACAACAGCAGCCUGGACGCCGUCUUUGGGAUCCUGGACCCCGCGAAACAGAAAUACAUCACUUUUGCCCAAUACAAGCAUGCUCUGACCACACUCGGUAUAAAAGACAUCAAUGAAUGUCCUGAAGGAGUUAAUGAAGACAGAAUAUCUCAUGCCACCUUCAAAGCAGAAGCGAUUCAAGGACUGCAGAAAUGCUCAGCAACAUACGAACGACUGUGAUCUUCUGUUUGAUGUUUUCUUACGUUCAGAUUAGAUUUAUUUAUGAUUUUAAUAAGAAUUUGAAUGUUGUCAUUGGGACUUAUGUGGAGCUGUGUCUUGUAAAAAAACAUUUUAUAAAAUUAUUAUUAUUAGAGUGCAAACACUUCAGCCAACAGUUA